GACCGGGUAGGAAAAGAGGUCGAUGUGUUGUUCCGGUAGACUUUCGUAUCCUGAUUUCUACUUGUAAGUUGCUUGUCAUUGUGCCAGAGUGAAGUCCAGAGUCAACAGUGUAGGGGAGUGCGGUGAUUUUCGCACCACCUGUUUUCCGAUCAAGCGUCUGCUGCCUUCUGGGGUGAGUUUGGUCCAGAAAAGAUCAGCAGAGAAAAUGGAGACGCCAGCGAGUAUGUCCAACGGAGCAGGGCAUGGUUAUGAGGAGAAAGAAAACACCCUCAGUCCAGAGGACUUGUCUGAGAUGCUGGCAGCAGGGACCAAGGAGGUUCAUGAAAAGGCUGAGAACACACAGUUUGUGAAAGAUUUCCUCAGGGGACGCAUCCGUAAAGAACUCUUCAAGCUUGGUGCUGUGGCGCUGUAUUACACCUACACUGCCAUGGAGGAGGAGAUUGAAAGAAACAAGGACCACCCCCACUUUGCCCCUCUUUAUUUUCCUACAGAGCUGCAUCGCCACGAAGCUCUAGCCCGUGACCUUGAGUACUUUUAUGGUCCAGAAUGGAAAAGUCAGGUUAGCUGCUCCCAAGCUACUCAGUGCUAUGUGGACCGUAUCCACCAAGUAGGGCAGGAGGACCCAGUAUUGCUGGUGGCCCAUGCCUACACACGCUAUAUGGGGGACCUGUCCGGGGGCCAGGUGUUGAAGAAGGUGGCUCAGAGAGCUUUGAAGCUGCCGCCUACAGGAGAGGGCCUGGAGUUCUACCAGUUUGAUGGCAUCCAUAGCGCCAAAGCAUUCAAGCAGCUGUACCGAAGUCGGAUGAAUGAGCUGGAACUGGACAUGGAGACAAAGAAGAAACUGGUGGAUGAGGCUGUCAAAGCCUUUCAUUUCAACAUGGAGGUAUUUGAGGAGUUAGAAGAGAUCGGCAAAACUAUUCAGGAGGAUGUUUUAGAUGCUGGCAUGCCUGUUCAUGGAGAAAUGGGCGGAGACAUCAGCAAAUGUCCUUACUAUGCUGCUAAAAUGACUGCAUCGGGUGGAACUGCAUACGCUUGUCAGCUGGCCAUGGCUGUUCUCAGACACCCAGCAGGACAGGUCCUGUUUGCUACUUGGUUUGCUGCCUUGGCUGGAUUAGCGGCAUGGUAUCUGAUGUGAAGCAGCCCCUCAGUCUGUUACUCAGCUGCAAUGAGACAAAGAAUAGUUGAAGGAAGGACAGUAAGGAAACAAGAAAGUUUCAGCUACUUUUGACCAUUUCAUACAAACGGUCAGAUCAGGUCCAUGUGUUGUUGAUGCGUUAUUGUUCUGUUUUUAGCUGUAGAAUUACAACAGAAUGAUCUGUAGGACCACUAUGAUAUAAUUUCCACACAUAAAGCACAAUAUUUUACAAUUUCUGCUACAUAUUUUGUAUGUCUCCAAUAUUUCCUUGUGUUUGUUCUUUUCUGAAAGAAGCAGGUCUGUCAUGAAUCACCAUUACUGUUUUGUUUCUUUUGUUGUUUAAUUUUGGAUAUUUUAUCACACAAUAUGGCAUUUAAAGAGAAUUUUGACGCUUAUAUAAUUAAAAACUAACACUAUAAUAAUGUAAGUCGACCCUUUAGAAGAGCAGUGAACUUCUAAUUCCUUAAAAAAUUCAGACAAUAAAAUCUAAAGAAUUAGCAAUAAAAUAUAGUAAAUGAAACAUAAAAAAACCCACAGUCAAAACAAUAUAUAAGUUGGAAUCUGAGGCUUUAUUAAUGAAAAGGCACUUAGAUAGAUAUUAAACAUUUAGCACAAGGAUUAUGUGGGUGAAUAAUCUCAACCUUAACCCAUUGCCUAACCAUCAGCUGUCAAUAGUUUCUCAAAUGUUUUAUUUCAUUACUACUGUUUUUCAGCAAAAGUAAAUAUUUGGCUGAUAUGUGUUAAAGUUAUCUCAUAUUAAUUUUAAACUGUAAAAUGUCUGAAUUUGAAGCGUCGGAGUUCAGCUUUAGUACUUUUUUGGUUUUCUUCCAAACCCUCCGGCAGCAGUUGCGCAGUCAUUGGUGAAAAACACCCAUAAGCCUCAAAUACACCUUUCAUCUGGUUCCCUGUUGUGCGUGUUUGUGUGUGGGUUGGAUUAGGUGAAAAAUGAUAGAGGUCAUAUGCAUGUAUCAUAAAAUUGCUUAGUAACAUAAUUAUUGUGACGGGCAUAUAUUAAAGUGACUUUUUUUCUCACUUCAAAGCAGUAAUUGACUACACGAUGUUGUACAUUAGCUGAUGGAUACAUGGUGACCUGAGUAAUGGUAAACAUACUAUGCAUGUUUUGUGCACAGUAGGUUUUCUCUUGACUGACUGGUAUGUUGAUCUUUCACAAGGCGACUGUGAUACAGAUGUGUCUAUAGAAACCUAUUCUUACAUCAUAUACUGUUUUUUUUUUUUUUUUUUUUUUUUUUUACUGAAAAAUAAUGUGAAAACUGUCAUGCUUCAUUUUUCAUCCCCAAGUUUCCACAUUAAUUUGUGCUGAAACAAGUGAUGGAAACCAAACUGCUUUUUUGACAAGUGGAUGAUUUAUAGUCAACUUUUAGAUGCUAAUGAUAAGAGAAAAUUACAAUCUCUCCUGGUGCAUGUUCACUUAUACUGUUUCUCAGUUUCAUAAUUGUGAUUGGUUAUCUGUAGACCGAACCAAAACAAAUAUGGCCGAUUAAUUUAAUUGCACAGCUUAACUGUCCAUGAAUGUCUCCCUGCUUAUUCAGUUUUAUCUGCCACAAGAGCCAAUAUUAGGAUGUAAGUGUUAAUAGUUAGUCUUUUCUGAAAGAAAAUAAUAUUAUUUUUUAACAGUAGUGCUUUGUCUGCGUUCUUGUAAAGGUCAUGUAGCUCAACUGCAUGAUGGAUAAACGUGUGUGGGUGUUAUUUGUUUUCUGAUACCAGUAUACACCCUUCAGCAGCUUGGCUUGUUUGUCCAUUUAUUGAGAUUAUAUCCCUUUACAUCAUUACUAAACUACGUGAUCAUUUACUAAUACUGUAUAUACUGUAUAUAUAUCCUUUUUUUUCACAAUAGAUGAGUAAUAAUUGUGACGUGUGUACUGUAUGCAGUUUAAUUGCACUGUUAAAUGAUUGGAGUUUAAUAUUUACCCUAACAGUGAUAACAAUUUAGACAUUUUGCUUUGUUGUUUUUUAAGAAUUAUUGUUGCAUAAUACCAAAAGAACUAUCAAUUAACUAUAUUUCAGCCUGGUGCAUGUUUUGUGUAUUUGCACAGUGGUCUUCUCUGCGUGUGAAGUAUUUCUUUACUGUUGAGCAAGAAUGAUACAGCUGAUUGAUAGCACAGACGGGAAUGCAAGUGGUGUGUUUUGCAUUUGAGUGUCUUAGGUUCAGUACAAUUAAAAGCAUAUGAUAGACUAAAACAGGAACUCUGACAGACUCCGGAAGUUCCAUAUUUAAUCAGUCAUAUGAUGGAAGUAAGAUUGGAUGUGUUUAUACAGUUCAGUAUUUUAAUAGACUUUCACAAAUCUCAGGCAAGCUAGUACUUUAUGACCAUAAAGGAAGACUGUUUAAAUUGGUGUGGAUUUUAAUCAUCUUGUGGUUUCACUUUAAUUUCCCCACAGUACCUUUGUUUUUCUACCUGGAGCUCUAACUGGCUGGAAUGCUUAUUGUAUGAGGGUAAAAGUCCAGGGUUAUGUUAUGCAGUUCCUCAAAUAAAUGUUUUCCUCUUCAUAUUGAAGUAAAGCUGAUUCAUUUGCUUGUCUUUUCAUGUAAAA